AUGUCGACAAUACAGCAACUCAAAAAUUUCAUUCGCCAUGGGAAACAGGCCCGCGUAGUUGACGAGUCGCCGCGGUCGAAAAACGACAAUUCGACGACAGGUCAAUUACAAAUCAAGACCGGCACCGUCGGGACACCGGCCACAGAUCCAGCCGUCAGCACAAUCUCGGCAGCGAAAGCAACUGGGGGCUCGGCCCGCCACGAACCCGCUCAACCGCAACCGGCAGACGCCAAGACGAAGCAGCACAAGCGCAUUCCCGACGAGAAUAUUGCAAAGCUCGUGGCCGAGGAGAAUGAGAGCAAGAGCAAGUUUCCGCACUACCCAGGUCUCGGGCGAUGGGAACUCCUCGAAAAGAUGGGCGAUGGUGCGUUCAGCAACGUCUAUCGGGCUCGCGACCGCGAGGGGAUUGCAGGCGAAGUCGCCAUCAAGGUCGUUCGCAAGUAUGAGAUGAACAGCAUGCAGAGGGCCAACAUCUUGAAAGAGGUGCAGAUUAUGCGCCAGAUCGACCAUCCCAAUAUCAUCAAGCUCAUCGACUUCUCCGAGUCUCGCCAAUAUUAUUACAUCAUCCUCGAGCUCGCACCCGGGGGUGAGUUGUUCCACCAGAUUGUCCGCUUGACAUAUUUCAGCGAAGAUUUGUCACGGCACGUCAUCACCCAAGUAGCCAAGGCGCUGGAGUAUCUGCAUGAGGAAAGGGGAAUUGUCCAUCGAGACAUCAAGCCAGAAAACAUCCUCUUCAACCCCGUUCCGUUUGUUCCCUCCAAGAACCCCAAGCCGAAACAGCCGGGGGAUGAAGACAAGGUGGACGAAGGAGAGUUCAUCAAGGGGGUCGGAGCCGGCGGCAUCGGGCAGAUCAAGAUUGCCGACUUUGGCCUCUCCAAGAUCAUCUGGGAAAACCAGACCAUGACCCCCUGCGGCACUGUCGGUUAUACCGCUCCCGAGAUCGUCAAGGAUGAGAGGUACUCUAAAUCGGUCGACAUGUGGGCCCUGGGGUGCGUGCUGUACACGCUGCUGUGCGGAUUCCCGCCAUUCUACGACGAGAGCAUCGAGGUGCUCACCGAGAAGGUUGCGAAAGGGCAGUACACUUUCCUCUCGCCCUGGUGGGACGACAUCAGCAAAUCGGCCAAGGAUCUAAUUUCCCACCUCCUCUGCGUGGACCCAGAAAAGCGCUACACGAUCAAGGAGUUCCUCGCUCAUCCCUGGAUCCGCGAGGCCGGGCCCACGCCGCGCGAAGAGAAGAAGGCGACGCCGGAGGAGAACGCGCUGCGUGCCUUCGAAACGACCAAGCUGGUCGAGGGCGACAAGCGCUAUGACUUACGCUCCCCGGCCGCCAUCAACCUGCGCGAGGUCUUCGACGUCGGCUACGCCGUCCACCGCCAAGAAGAGGAGGGCAAGCGGCGGAAACAUGUCGGCGUCAAAGCGGGCGGCGUAUCGCGACUGGGUGGGGUCGACGAGACGCUCGAUGAGGACGAGGAGAUGGAGGAGGACCAGGACCCGGCCGACCAGCAGGCCGACAAGCCCCACAACGGAGGCACCCAACAAUUGGAGCAAAGCAUGCGUGACACGCAGAUCCGCGACCAGGAGCAGCAACAACAACAGCAGCAGCAGCAGGAGCAGCAGCGCGGCCGGGAUCGCGAGAGGAAGGCACACCCUCCCCCGGCAGCGGCCGAGCAGCGCGGCUACGGCCAGCACUCGGCGGCGGUCACUGCCGCAGCCUGGCAGCAGGUACGCGAGCGCAACAGGCAGAGGGGCGUGUUCGAGCUGAACCUCGACGGCGCCACCCUGCUUGGCCGCCGCGGCGUCAAGCCCGCCGCGCAGAUAGCUUAGGAUGCUUCUGUUGCUGCUGCUGCUGCUGCUGCUGCUGCUGGUACUCCCUCUAGUGCGGAUCAGUAUGUCGUUUAGCCGGUUAGCGAGGUCAAGCACCCCUCGAGGCGGCUGCUUACCGACUGAUGAUGGCGUGUUUCUGUCGAAGCAGCAGCGGAGUUGGUCUUUUUUUUUUUUUUGGGGGGGGGGGUUGUAAUGGAAGAUGUGGGUAUAUGUCGUGCUUCGGUGUUGGAGUUUCGGGAACUCAGGCACGUAGUGUGCGCGGAACGGAGCAGGGUAACAAGGUAGAGAAGGGUUAAGGGGAGGAAAGGGUGACAACAGCGAUGUUUAGGUAUAUACUGCUUUUUGUUCUG